UCGUUUUCUCUUCGUGUCACCCGCCUUUUGUUCGUGCGCUAUGCUUUCGAGAACAAAAGCGCAGCGUCCUUGACUUCCGCAUACUAGCGCGUGCGCAUUCAUCAUGGGGUCUACAGCAGGAGCACCAGGCCCCAAAAACACAAACAUUGCAGCUUGCGCUGUACGGAGCCCUGAUUCUCUAGCCCAGCGCAGCUUGGUGCGGCUUACAAACCUUCCAACGCAGAUUCUCGGGACUUUCCAUGGUCGAACUCUCUCCAUUCGCUUCUUAGAGUUCCUUCAGCAAGCAACAGUCUUUCUCCAUACCAUACCAUACCAUACCAUCCUAUCCUAUCCCAUCCCAUACACGCAACCGGCCAUUCGAAGAUCCACCUGUCAUAUAAAAGGGUCACUUUCCAGGGAAGGCCAUUGCAUCCUGCCGAAGCCAGAGCCGAUCAAGGCUACCACACGCAGACGCACUGUGCUGAACUGGCGAUGGUGGAAUGGUUGCUUGCUUUACAUUGACAUGCACAGGUAUGAUAUGAGCUGGUAUCAGACGAUGCUAGAGGCUCGGUAAUGUGCUCAGUGGAUGGAUGCAUAUUAGCUGGGAAAGAAUGGCGAGAAUGAAGGGCGGAGUAACGUCCGGAACAGAUGCGUACGGAACGGAUGAAUUGCUUGCGAUGCGUGCAGCCAGGUCUGUGUC